CCACAAAAAAUAUCAGCACCACCACGAGCUCUGUCUCGCUGCACACAGAGAGAGAGAGAGAGACACACACACACACACACAGAGUGAGCUCGAGGGGAGCGACAAUGGCGCCCUCCUCUCAUCUCUCCGCUGUCCCACCGCGCUUCUCCUUCGCCCCAGCUCUCCCCCGCAAUCACCAUAACUCGAAGUCGGUUGAGUUUCGUGUGAGGUCCAGCUUGGAAGGAGAUGGCGGCCACAGUCCUGGGGUUUCAGGCUCACGGCCUCCAGAAACGCCGAAUUCCAAGAUGCAACUACUCCCCGAAAGAAAAGACCAUAGUUUCUUCCCCUUCCUGAACUUAAUACUUGAUUCGAACAGAAGAGAUAAGGAGUCUCAAUUGUCAACCUCGAGGCGCUGGUGUCUCACCUGUUUAUGUUCGUCUUUGACAUUGAUUAGUAAGUCCGGCUCAUCUAUAGCUCUGCCGAGGGCAACUGCCCCAGAUGCAAAGGAAAGAGCUGUUUGUCGAAACUGUGGGGGCGGUGGUGCUAUAAUCUGUGACAUGUGUGGUGGUACAGGAAAAUGGAAAGCUCUCAACAGAAAACGGGCAAAGGAUGUUUAUGAGUUUACUGAAUGUCCAAAUUGUUAUGGCCGAGGGAAACUUGUGUGCCCUGUUUGUUUAGGGACUGGUUUACCUAACAACAAAGGUCUCCUUAGGAGGCCUGAUGCUCGCCAGUUACUUGAUAAGAUGUACAAUGGCCGUCUGCUCCCAAAUUCUUAGGGAAAGUAGAUGUCGAUUGUCGAAAAACAUUUCUUCUCCUUGCAAUUGCAAUUUAGGGCACUGGUGACUCUGUGACUCGCAGUUUAUGAUUCCAAGUUCCGAAGGAUGGACAAAGAAGAGGCUGUCCGUCCAACAUGGCUUUGAAAUUCCAUUCAUCGGCCGCAUCCGGUAAAUAUGUCUUUCAUCCUUCCCCUCUCGAGUAAUCCUAAGAGUGCUCAAAGCUCGCGUCGGUCCGGUAUAGUUCCUUUUCUUCUCACCGCAGAUAGUAAAGCCUUCCUCGCCAAGGAAAACAGACUAUAUGCGGUUGGGGGUCACUCUUUAGAGAUGCUUUGAUAAUCUUUUUGGUUGGGUUGCAAUUUGAGAAACACCUGUAGUUUUGAUGGAUUAUUGUAUGCUCAUGUAUGUACUUAUAGAGCAGGUAGAGAAUUCUGCAACACCACAAAAUUUGGUG